AUGCCUCGCAUUGAGAAUGACAUCAAGUUGGACUUCAAGGACGUGCUUCUCCGUCCGAAACGAAGCACACUCAAGUCCCGUAGUGAGGUGCAUAAAUCCUUUCUUUUUUCCUGUUAUGUAUUGUUUAUGUAUUGUUCUGUUGUAUUCAAAUACCUGUUUGUACCAGACAAACACAGCGUAUCACUCUUCAACAAUGAUUAAGCCUUUUCCUCUAACUAUAACAUGUCUAUCUGUCUUUCUGUCUGUUUGCCUUUCUGCCUGUCUGUCUGUCUGCCUGUCUGUCCUUCUCCUCCAGGUGGACCUGAUGAGAAGUUACACCUUCAGGAACUCCAAGGGAAGCUACAGAGGAAUCCCCAUCAUUGCAGCCAACAUGGACACUGUCGGCACCUUCAAGAUGGCUCUGGCUUUGUCCAAGGUAUAGAGAUAUAAAUAGUGUGUGUAUAUACAUCAUUGGAUAUAGAUAGCAAAAAAUCUACAAAAAACAAAACACUUCAAUCAUCAACCUCCUCCCUCAGUCAAACCUUCUAAUACUAAACAACCUAUCUCUACUCCGACAAAUAUCCCCUCCUGGCUCACAUAUAAAGCAGACUACAAAUCCAGUAUAUGUCUAUUAGAAGUCUCUGUACACAUAGGUUUUAUAACUUUAAAGGUGUUUUUAAAAUAAGUGUUCUUGUCUCUCUUUCUCCCCCCAGUUCACUCUCUUCACUGCCAUUCACAAGCACUAUUCAGUAGAUGACUGGAAGGAGUUUGCAACAAUGAAUCCAGAAUGUGUACCGGUACAUUCAAACAAUAUCAGCUGUAAUCCAAUAUAUGACUCCUUGUAAUAUCUGUAUGACAAGACUUCUCUUAUUUUUUAAUGAUGUGUUAAUUUGGUCUCUCUCUCUAUCUAUCUAUCUAUCCCUGCCUCUCUCUUAGAGUGUGGCAGUCAGCACAGGGACAAGUGAAGGGGACUUUGAAAGGCUGGGUGAGAUCAUAGCCGCUGUGCCUCAGCUCCAGUACAUCUGUGUGGAUGUGGCCAAUGGCUACUCUGAGCACUUUGUCCACUUUGUUAAAGACGUACGUCAGAAGUACCCAACACACACCAUCAUGGUCAGUGACUCCUCUACGCUCUCUUUUAUAUUGGGCCAACUCUGGUUAUGCUUUUGGAGUGUUUGUACGUUGAUGAUAUUGAUGAUAGUCGAUACGUCUCAAAUCACGCUAUUCCUGAGGGCUCUUGUCAAGGUAGUGCACUCAGGGUGUCAACUGAGGCCAUAUAGGACUCUAGUCAAAAGUAGUGCACUAUAGAGUAGUGCACCAGUUAAGACACCGAAAGUGAAUGUGUUGUCUUUGCCACAGGCGGGGAAUGUGGUUACCGGGGAGAUGGUGGAGGAGCUGAUCCUCGCUGGCGCUGACAUCAUCAAAGUGGGCAUCGGACCAGGUGACGUCAUGAACUGGUGACUCUGUCACGUUGCUGUUUUGCUGGAUCGUCAUACCUCAUACCUUUUUUGCAAUUGAUUGAAUUGAGGCCUUAAUGUGAUCAUACUGAUAAACGCCUAACUUUCUGUCUGUCUGUAGGCUCUGUGUGCACCACCCGUAAGAAGACAGGGGUGGGUUAUCCCCAGCUGAGCGCUGUGAUCGAGUGUGCAGAUGCUGCACACGGCCUGGGCGGACACAUCAUCUCUGUGAGUCUCCAUUGUUAUUACACACUUAUAGUUAUACACUCACAUCCUUUUGGCUCAACAGUCUUUAGAAAACAUUUAUACACCCUGAACCUCAUCAUACACACAUACAUAUACAGUGAGCUCCAAAAGUAUUGGGACAGUUUUUUUUUGGGCUCUGUACUCCAGCACUUUGGAUUUGAAAUGAUACAAUGACUAUGAGGUUAAAGUGCAGAAUGUCAGCUUUAAUUUAAGGGUAAUUUCAUCCAUAUCUGGUUAACCGUGUUGAAAUUACAGCACUUUCUGUACAUAGUCUCCCCAUUUUAGGGGACCAAAAGUAUUGGGACAAUUUCACUUAUGGUUUAUUCAAGUAGUCAAAAGUGUCCUAUUUGAUCCCAUAUUCCUAGCAGACAAUGAUUACAUCAAGCUUGUGACUCUACAAAAAUGCAGGAUGCAUUUGCUGUUUGUUUUGUUUGUGUUUCAGAUUAUUUUCUGCCCAAUACAAAUUAAUGGUAAAUCAUGUAUUGUGUCAUUUUGGAGUCACUUUAAAUAAGAAUAGAAUAUGUUUCUAAACACUUCUACAUUCAUGUGGAUGCUAUCACUCAUCAUUAUUCACAAUUAAUUCAGGCCUAUCCGUAAUCAUUGUAGCAUCCACAUUAAUGUACAAGUAUAUAAAAACAUUAUAUUAUUAUUUACAAUAAAGUGAUUCCAAAAUGACACAAUACAUUAUUUACCAUUAAUUUCUAUUGGGUACAAAAUAAUCUGAAAGACAACCAAAACAAACAUUAAAUGCAUCCAGAAAGUUUGGAGAGUCACAAGCUUGAUGUAAUCAUUGUCUACUAGGAAUAUGGGACCCAAUACUAAAACUGUCACUACUUUAAUACACAUAUAAGUGCAUUUCUCCCAAUAUAUUUGGUCCCCUAAAAUGGGGGGACUGUGUACAAAAAGUGCUGUAAUUUCUAAACAGUUCACCCGAUAUGAAUGAAAAUACCCUCAAAUUAAAGCUGACAGUCUGUACUUUAACCUCAUAGUCAUUGUAUCAUUUCAAAUUCAAAGUACUGGAUUACAGAGCCAAAACAACGAAAGAUGUGUCACUGUCCCUGUACAUACAAAGAUUGUUGCAUAGACAGAGACUUUGCCUGAAGAUGCAUGGUAUCUUAUUUUUCCCUUUCUCUCUCAUAAAGGAUGGUGGAUGCACUUGCCCAGGUGAUGUUUCCAAGGCUUUUGGUGAGUUUUGUAACAGUCAACUGUGAUUUAUCUGCUCACAGAGCAUACAGUACUAACUUUAAUCAGCCUUCAACCAUGUACAGAGACUCUACAACAGAGUACUAUGUGUCUGACCCCGGCUGGAUUUGCUCAGCAUUUUGAUUGGCUGUGUGCUGUGGUUGUGUGUGACUCACAGGUGCCGGGGCGGACUUUGUGAUGCUGGGGGGGAUGCUGGCCGGCCACUCAGAGAGCGGGGGCGAGGUCAUCGAGAAGAACGGGAAGAAGUACAAGCUGUUCUACGGCAUGAGCUCUGACACGGCCAUGAAGAGACACACCGGGGGUGUGGCCGAGUACAGGUCAGAGAUGUUACUGGCCGCAAAGCAGGAAAUGAGCAGCUUUAAACUUUGUAGCACACUUUAGGGAAAGAAUAAGAGUAAGUAGUAAGUAAGUUUUGGACAAGUAAGCCUUGUCUAAAUAAGUAUCCUUACCCUUGCAACAGUAAGUAAGUAGGUCUGCCAGAACAGCCCAUAGGCCAGGAGCCUAUCUCCUGUUUCUGUAGCGUAAUGCAGCUUGAUGUACAAGUACACCCCCUGGACAGGACUCUAGUCUGGGGAAGCAUAAGUGAUCACGAAACCGUUACCUCUUCUUCCCCCAGGGCAUCUGAAGGGAAGACGGUAGAGGUGGUUUACAAGGGUCCCGUGGACGAGACCAUACGGGACAUCCUGGGUGGGGUACGCUCCACCUGCACCUACGUGGGUGCAGGGAAGCUCAAGGAGCUCAGCCGCAGGACCACCUUCAUCAGGGUCACCCAGCAGCUCAACACC